GUAAUGCUAAUUCAGAAAGCACGACUUUGGAGUGUUUAGUAUGAUGUACAGCGCUAUUGUAAUGCGCGUUUUUAAUAACCAGUGAACAUUUUUGCCAUGACUAAACACAAAACCGUGGGACGUGUCAGAUUUUUGUUUUGCUUUCUACUGUCCUUUGUUCCCCAUUUCAGCUGCGGUCAUGAAGAGACAGCAGGUGGCUCUCAAAAAACACUCAACACACAUGGCUCUGUUAACCAAGUCAUAGAACUAAGAGAAGUUGUAUUUGUGAUUCAGAGUCAGAAGAACUCCUACCACAUUGAAAGGGCAGAGCAGAGGAGAGCACACCUUUUGGACCAAGAGCCGAGCUCACCAGAGGUUGUGCUCCUCCAUCAAUUAUCAGAAUACGAUGGAAACUGGGGGAUUCUUCCUGUGCUGCCUCGUCUGGCUGAAGGUUACUGUCGGAGGUCUUUGUGGAUUUUUUUCCUUGAGGAGGAGACCAUUGUCAAUAUAGCCAGACUGCUGCAGGUGCUCAGCAGAUUUAACCCUGGAAGAGAGUGGUUUCUGGGAAGAGCUCUUUAUGAUGCUAGUGCAACCAUUAUCCACCACUAUGCCUUCUCAGAAGAGCCGACUGCCUUCAGCUACCCUGAUUUUGCUGCUGGCUGGGCCCUGAGCUGCUCUCUGGUUAAAAGAUUAGCUGAUUACGUGAAGCAUGAGCCACCCAAAUCAGAUUUCACCAUUGACCUUAAGCACGAGCUUGCCCUGUACAUUUGGGAGGAGGGAAGAGGACCUUCCUUAACUGCUGUUCAUGAGUUCUGCUCUGAACUUCACGGCUCGCCAAACACUGAGCAUUGUGCAACAACUGUCAGCUCUUACCUGCCAAACUGUGGCACCAUAGUGAAGAGGAAGGAUGUUUUUGUGGCAGUGAAGACUUGUCAUAAAUUCCACCGAGAUAGAGUGCCUGUAAUAAAGAAGACCUGGGUGAAAGAUGCUGCGUUGCUAGAGUUUUAUAGUGAUAUUGCUGAUCCAGCUAUCCCCACCAUUAACCUGGAAGUCCCCAACACGGAGAGUGGGCAUUGUGCAAAGACUUUUGCCAUUUUAAGAAGGUUUGUCAGCGGAGAAGUGAUUCAAGCACCAUGGCUGCUCCUUGUAGACGAUGACACGUUGAUAAGUCUGCCUAGACUUCGGCGGCACUUACGAUGUUACAACCCUAAUGAAGCUGUGAGUAUCGGUGAGCGCUAUGGCUAUACCCUCAGCAAGGGUGGCUACAGCUAUAUCACUGGUGGAGGAGGUAUGGUGUUCAGUAGAGUGGCAGUUUUGAAAAUCCUCUCCAGUGGUUGUGGCUGUUACAGUCCGGACGCACCAGAUGACAUGGUAUUGGGAAGGUGCCUUAACACGCUGGGCUUGUCAGUCACACACAGCCCACAUUUUCACCAGGCUCGUCCAAAUGAUUAUCCCAAAGAGCUGCUGCUCCGUCAGAGCCCCAUCUCCUUCCACAAACACUGGAACAUCAACCCUGUGGCUGUGUACCAGCAGUGGCUGAUGGACUCUGAGGAUCUGCUCCAACAGAACUGUAGGAGAGAAUACAGUCAGGAGCUUUAAACCAUGAGCUGUCUUUCAUAUUGUAAGUGUAUAUAAUUUGGGGUAUAUAAGUUGGGGAAAGAAUUACUCUUAAUUUUUGGUUUUAUUUAGUUUUAUUGAAGAAUAUGCUGUUUAUUUACUGUAAAGAAACACUUACCCUAGCUAUAGAUUUAAUAUUUACAUUUUACAGAAAUUUGGCAGAUGCUUUUAUUCAAAGAGACUUACUAGUGCAGAGCAUAGAGGGGCUGAUGGAAAGGACUUUAUUAGUCUCCUCAAUAUCCCCAUGCUCAGAGUGUAGCUAGCUGGGUAGUAGGGUUAACAGAACCUGUGAAAAAUACAUCCCAAUUGAUUAAUCCUGUUUCUCUCCAUAGCAGCUGGUAUAAAAUGUGACUGAACACAUUUGAUCCAUUUAUGUGACAUUUGGGGCAGUUAAAUAUGGAAUCAUAAUGACUGUUGACUUUUAUGAACUUCAUUAUAGCGCAUAAUAGUGUUAUUUGAGAUACGGUCAUAUCCAUAAGUAUUUGGACAGUGACACAAGUUUCAUAGUUUUGCCUCUGUAGUUUUGCCUCUUGGGUCACAAUGGAUUUGAAAUGAAGCAAUCAAGAUGUAAUGGAAUGUAAACUUUCAACUUUAAUUCAUUUACUGAAUGCUGCUUGUUUGUGGGGUUUCCUGCCUUCACUGUUGUCUUUGGUAACUGAAAGGCAUGCUUAAUUAGGUCAUCGGACAUUUAAGAGUAUUUAAUUUCUUUGCCUUAAGAAACACUUGAGUUGCUUUUGCGGUACGUUUUGGGUCAUUAUCCAACUGUACUGUACUGCAUCUUGAGGUAAACCAUCUGUAUUUACAUUCAUGAAGGCGUCUCUUUAUUGUCUUAGACUUUGACAAUGAUACGCCUACCUCCUCCAGAGUGUUCUUGACUUGGCUAGAUGUUGUGAAGGAGUUUUUCUUCAACAAGGCCUUUUGGUGUUGCUGAGCUCACCAGUGGAUUCCUUCUUUUUAAGAAUGUACCAAAUUUGGUCACUACUAAAGUUUCUGCUGUCUCUGAUAGGUCUGUUUAGUUUUUUUCAGGCUAAUGAUGGCCUCCUUCACUUGCGUUGACACUUCUUUGGACCGCAUAUUGAGAGUUCCAAUUAACAGAUACCAAAUGCAAAUUCCACGCUUGGAAUCAAUUGCAGACCUUUUAUCUCCUCAAUUUGUCAUGAAAUAAUGAGCAAACAGGCCAUAACUGGCCGUGAAACUGCUUAUCAGUCAAUUGUCCAAUUACUUUUGAGCCUGUGAAAAUUAAGGGACUAUGUAAAAAAUGGCUGUAAUUCCUAAACAGUUAAUGCAAUAUUUUUAUUAAACUUCUUGAAUUAAAUCUGAAAGUCUACACUUUAAUAACAUCUUGAUUGUUUCAUUCCAAAUCCAUUGCGGUGGUGUACAGAGGCAAAAUAACGAAAAUUGUGUCGCUGUCUAAAUACUUAUGGACCUGACUGUAUAUAAUCAGCCUCUGUGUUAAGUUAACCACCUACUAAUAAGCAUUUGGAACUGUCAUACAAUAUUUCACAGGAGGUAUAAAAGCCUUUUUUUUUUUUAAAGAAAAAAAGAGAAAAAAAGCCUUUACUUCCUUUUUUAACUGUGUAAACCUGUUUAAAAAAAACACUGGAAAGUCAUCUAAUCUAAUCUAUCAUACUAUCCAUCAGUUGUUUAUAAAUAAUAUUUAAUUAAAGUGUUCUUUUCACUUUUUAAUCGUGCUGUACUGUCAAAUAUAAAGACUGUCAGUACAAUGAUUCCUAUUUUAAGUGUUUCCACACAAAGUUAUUCAUAGACCAGUACUGUAUAUAGAAAACAGGAAGAAAUUUUGAGGAAAAAAUGCAAAUGCAGUUUGUGGUUCAUUGAUAUGAAAUUGACAUAAAAAUUAUAUACAGUAUGUUUCUGCUGCAGUGAAGGCAGUGUUCUCAUUUUGAGCCUCAGAAUCCCAAAUCUUUCAGUGAUUAAAAUAAUUAAUAGAUUGUUAGUAAACACCAGCACUUAAUGUAAACUUUUUGCUGUAAAUGAUAAAUUGCAAAUAGUCACUGAAUUUGCCUGCAGCUUUAAUUUGGCCAUUAAUAAUUUUUUUGAGUUUAAUAAUAUCAGUUUUUAAUUUCCCUAUUAAAAUGUCAGAAUGUUUCAUCUUUAUUAUUUUAAUUAAAAUAGAUUUUAAAUUGUCUUCUUCCUGGCCAUUCACAACACAGAUUUAAUCUUCACUUGAGAGUAAUGAUUAAUCAUUCUUUCAUACUCCAUGAACUUUUUCCAUAUCUGAGUUAGUUGUCUGAAAAAUAUGCAAUCAACACUGAUUCAGAAUUGCAAAAUUAUAUUGGUUGAAUUAUAGACAACAAUGGCAGACUCUAAAAGUAAAGAGCGACAUUGCUAGUUUUAUUUUAUGUGUAAAUUCAUUAUUAUUAUUUUUUUAAAUUAACAUUGAAAAACAAAUUGAAAAUUUAACAUAAAAUUUCCAAAGCUAUUUUCCCCCCAUUUUCUCCCAGUUUGGUCAUUUGCUAAAUUCCCACCCAUUAGCCUUUUCUUUUUCCUAAUCAUAUAUAUUUUUUGUUAGGAAGAAGCAAUAUUUUAGUAUUCAAUCUGCCUGCCAUUUGAGAGCUGUUAGAUUAAAGUUAAAUUAAUUCGUUCCCUGAUUAGUCAGUGUAAUUAAUAAAAUCAUUACUCUGUGUUUACUCAAUCAGAAUACCAAAAUUAUCUAUCAUUUCAGUCAAGUUAAUUGUGGAAAUAUGUUUUUAAUUAAUUUCUCUUAAUAUUGGUCAGUGUACAUUAGCAUUUUUCCAUAUCAUUUCCCAUCUCUAAUGCAGUAUGAUAUAUAUGUUAAGCCAAUUUGUAAUUCCAGUAAUAAACUGGAAUAAAAAAACAAACAAACAAAAAAAACUAGUCUAAACAGACUAGAAAAGCUUGUCAGAAGAAACUUUGCAGUACAUUUUUAGUUUAAAAAACCCAAAACUUUAUAAUCAGGAUUUUUUUUUUUUACUGAUUGUGGUGUGAACUGGAUAGUCCCCACAGGGUGGGUUGGGAUGUGCUAUGUGCUACUUGUUGGGAUGUAAUAGCAACCUCUGGCACCUUACUGCCCAAAUACAAAUACCUACCAGAUACUGGCGUUUCUUCUAUGGCAUGUAUGGCAUCAUGUAUGUUGGCCUCAGUUACGUCUUACUGUGUAGACUUCCAGUGCUAGACUGGAAUGCGAGUUCUGUGGGCAUGAGGUCUGGUACUCUGGUACUGCUGAGAUUUGCUCUUGAAGUUUUGGCAGGCACAUGGUAAAUUCUCCUCAGAUGCUCCAGUGAUCAGGGAACAUUGCCUGUCUUUUGCUGUCACUGUACAUGAAGUGUCUCUGCCCCUUUUUUGAUUUUCACCAAACCGGACAUGGUGGAAAUGUUUAGGCUUCCCAGUGCCUGUCUAACCUCAUGUGACAGCUUGAGUGGGAAACAGUCCUUUCUGCCACUGAAGUAACUGACAGUUCAUCCUGCCUGGAGCACAUGGCUCAUCUGAUACCAUGAUGUAAGUGGGUAUGACUCCAACACAAGCCAAGAUCAAAUUAUUUCAGUUCCUCAUACUCCAUUGUGUUGAAUUUUGAUAUUCUGUAGAAGGCUACCAGUCAUCUACCAGUCAUGCUUCUUGCAGUUCUCACUCUUGGCAAUAAUUUCAAAGUAUUCAUUGUUAGUGGUCAUCUUAGUGAGGAGAACAAAUGACGGCUGCCAUGGUUCCUGCACACCCUUGGUAGGUUUUCAGACAAAUGUCCAGCUCCUGAGUAACCGGGCUUGGGGAGUAACAGAAUACAUGUAAAGGCAUUACAUAAUCAGGACACAAAAAACUGGUAACUGUAAUCCAUUUCUGUUAUGUCAAUAAACAAAGUAAUCAGAUUACAGGUACAUUUUGUAACAAACAAAUGGGAAUACUAUCAGGAUUUUUUUUUCAUUUAAAACCGAAUAAAUUCAUCUUUUGACAUAAUACAAUGUAGACAGCUGAUAGAUUACAGUUCUGUUUCUCUCUUGCCAGUCGUGAGUCACAUUGAGCAAACGCCUGGUGCAUGCCAGUGUUGCCCAUACAGAGGCUCUACUUGGGCAGCCCACCCAGGUAGAUUAAGACAUACCCAGGUAGAUGAAAUCCGAAGUCCAAUUUUUCUUUUCAUUCAAGACAUGCAAUUGUCAGUUCAUAAUGAACACAAUCCAGUGGACCUUCAACCCCCCGAAAAAAAAAAGCGCCAGGAACAUGCGGCCCAUUCCCGAACGGUUAACAAUCAGGAAAUAACGUUUUAUUUCUCUCAUUCACCACCGCUCACUCUCUUCAGUCGCUGUCCAGCUCACUUGACCACCGCUGCUCUCGCUCUCUCUCUUGUUCCUUGCUGUCAAUUCGCUCUCUCAUCUUACCUCUACAGACAGGCGUUGGAAAAGUUUUUUCCCAGCCAAGGAAAAUUAAAUGUUCCAGCAAGCAAUGCCAACUGUGCAAAUAGGCACAUUUGAAAAUGUAUUCCAUAAGGUAAAUAGUUAUUUCUUUUGAAAGUUAUUUCUUUUGACAUGUUCAUCAAAAAUUAGAGUCUGUGUUUUGUUCUUUAAUAUAUUUUGAAAAUGGAAAAUGUAUUUUAAUAUGUAGUUAUUAAUAGUUAUUUAUGUUGACAGUUAUUUAUUUUGAGUAGUUAUUCGUUUGCAAUAAAUAGUUUAUUCAUAAACCUUUGUUUGACUAGUUUAUUACUGAACCCGCACAAGUAAAUUCUCAACCUGUGGGAAACACUGCAUGUGCAAAUAAAUUUUGGGCAAUGUUACUUUGGUAGAAAUGAGCACAAAUUGCUCUCUGUAAUGCUUUUGUUAGGCUGACCAUAUGUCCUUUAUUUCCCAGACAUGUCCUCUUUUUCUGACCUUAAAAAAGUGACUAAAUUUGAGAAAAUGUCUGGGAUUCGGCUUUAGUUUCAUUAUGAUGUGCUUAUGGUCUAAUACUGCAUCAUGUGUGCGCAUGUUUGCAUUGCUUUAAUCCCUCUCUGUAAUUCCUGCCUUCUUGCACACCAGUUGGUCGAUUAUAAAAGACUUGCAGCAACUAUUGCCAAAUUCUGCCUCUCAACCCUUAUCCUACUCUCAGUGAACGCACGUAGGUGAAGCCCUGUUGUGUACAAUGUCAAUGAGUUGCUUGACAAUAUCAGCAAAUGACAGCUGUCCUGAGCCGCAACAAUGCCCGUGGCCAUAUAAGGUCAUUUUCAAUUUCAUGUUAUCACAUUGCUUCAUAUUAUAUGGCCAUUCAAAUGGGUGAUGGCAGAAGGUACACUCGUGGCAUCUAAUAUUUAAUUUUAUUCCAUGGACAUUCAAAAGAAUGUAUUUUUGUGAUGCUAAUAGUGUGUCUUUUUCAGUGUAUUAAAAUCUGCAUUCAUAGUAACACUGUUUUGAACGCUGUAAGACACAAAAGAAAAAUUAAGGUGUCCUCUUUUUUGGAAAACCAGAAUAUGUUCACAUAUUUUGUGAUGUAAUGUAACCCGCAUCAGGGUCAGUGAUCUUUUGUUUAUUGAUUUAUUUAUUUAUUUUCUUAAAACAAAUCCAAACAUUGAACAUGUUUUUAAGCUCUAAAUAAAAGAA